UUCCGAUCUUCAGGGCACAGAGACGAGAAGCUUGGUCGGGCCAUUAGAACAGGAUCGAAGGACAUGAAGCUUCGGUUUUUUACUGUCUUGUUCUGUUCCUUCUGUCCCAUGACCCAGAGCCCACUAGUCGGAGAUGAUUCCGUUGCAAUGGAGAUAUCUCGUCGAUUCGGUUCUGUGAUUAUACCUCCGGUGUGGGUUGAGUCCAGAGCAUUCUAACGAGAUAUCUGAAUGUUCUGGACGGGAAUAACGACAGAUGACUGGCUCUGGAGCUGUCACUCUGCUGAUAAGUCUUUUUGUUGAGCAUGAAAAAGAAAGACACAACAUUGCAUGGACACAUUACAACGGCCCUAAGCAUCUCGAUGUCGUCCGUUACGGCUUCAUUGGAUUGGUCCCCAAAGUUGCAACGUGCUUUGCCAAGACCUUGAAGCAGAGUGUCAAGCACCAUUCACGUUCACGCUAUCACACCCGAGUCGUGUCAGUCACAUCCGGCACGGCACUCAAGACAGGCAAAAACACCCAUGACACCGAGUGCCAUCGGCAUCGUACUGUAGCAUGCAAUCGACAUCAUGAGCUUCCUUCACUAGCAUCGGAGCUUCUCCGUCGACCUUGUUCUUGUCUAGGCUGUCUACAUGACCCCGUUGGCGAUGGUAAUACCCUGCAUCUCAUUAUGAUCCUGAAAAGCACAAUUGUGACAGGGUUUAAGUUAUUCCCGAUUGCAGUAAAUUAUCGUCGUCUAGCCAGCCGUUCUGAACAUCGAGAACAUGUGGUGAUUGAUGGAGCUGUCAAUAGCCGUUUGAAUGAUGCAAUCUCCAUAGCACGCGCUUACGCAGCACCCACGUGUGAUCGAAACCCUCUCGAUGCCCAGAACCAGACUUACUCAUCGGAUCAGCGAGUGAAACUGGAGAAGUAGUUGAUUGAUCGUCGGAUUGCCGGGACUGGGCUUGGGCGGGAACGCUUAUCAGAACCCGCGAUCGUCUAUCAUUUUUUUAAUUAUUUUUUGCCUCUCGAUGGUCCCGAUGAGAAGGAAGAUAUGUGGGGCUGGGUUCUUGAUUGAUUCAUCGAAAGAUUAUUAGCUCAGGUGUGGGAUGAGAAUCUGUUUGAUCUUCGUUACAGA